UACAUAGUAGCAGAUUGUAUUAUCUAUUUGAUAUGACGCCUCGCUCGCCUACAAAAUUGUGCAUUCAUUUAAACGCAACCAGUUGACGAUACUGUUUGUGUUUAUUUUAUCUUUUGCUUCGCUUUGUGUGACAUCACCUACAUAAUGGCUCGGGAGUUGCAAAAUAAAACAAUCGUGAUAACCGGAGGAGCCGUAGGCAUUGGAUACGCAAUCGCUGACAGCUUUUUAGAAAAGAAUCCAAAAAUCGUCAUUAUUUUAGACAUCAAUGAAAAGCUUGGAGCCGAAGCUAUCGAGAGACUUGCAGCUAAAUAUGGCGAAAACAAAGUUGCAUUUUAUAAAUGUGAUGUCACAACAGACCUGGAAGCGAUCUUCAAUGAAAUUAUAAAAACUUUCUCAACGGUGGACGUGCUUGUUAACAACGCUGGAAUCUGUAACGACAUUUAUGUAAGAAAAACCAUCGAAAUAAACGUAAUCGCUUUCAUGGAAUGGUCCUUGAAGUUUUGGGAACACAUGAGGAAAGACAAAUCUGGUAAUGGUGGUACAAUAAUAAACAUAGCAUCCAUCUAUGGUUUCAGAGUGGACCCUUAUGUACCUGUAUAUCACGCAUCCAAAUUUGCCGUGAUGGGAUUUACCAAAUCAUUGGGACAUGUUAAAAACUUUACCAAGUACGGUGUAAGGGUAGUCGCCAUUUGUCCUGGGUUCACUUCCGACACCAAUUUAGGAAAUGAUAGUAUGACAUUUAUUCCUGAAUUAAUGGAAGAGGUUUAUGUUCAUGUAAAAACAUAUCUGUGGCAGAAACCUGAGGCAGUGGGCGAAGCGGCGGUGGUUGUGUUUGAGAACGCGGACAGCGGCACUGCCUGGCUUAGUGAAGGCGGACAACCUGCGACAGUAAUACAAUAAUAGUCCUAGUACCAAAAACAUUUGAUAAGCACAGUUUAUCUGUUUUAUAAUUAUUGAUUAAAUUGUUGUGAUAAUUAUUUCGUUUGAUAUCUAUAAAGUUCGAUUAAUAAGAUAAGUGUAUUA